ACAUUUAUUUGAUAAUACCAGUCAUUUAAGGGUUUGAAAUGAAUUUUUAUUGAUUGAAUCCGAGGUUGUUGUUUUUAAAAGAUUGAAGAUUAGUACUCGGUAAACAGAGCAAACCGAUUCUUAGUGACCUCUUAUUUACGCGACAACAGACACUCCGGACCCCGACUUGGCAGAAAGUUCGUAAUGAGUUCGAAAUCACGACGUCGGUCCCGUUCCAGGUCCAGAAAUCGGAGCCGCGAUCGUCGGAACAAAUCCAAAAAGAGCAGGUCUAGAUCUCCAGAAGACAGGAGACCCCGCAGCCGGUCUGCAGACCCCAAAAGAACCGUCCGUAGACCGGAACGGUCUGGCAGCAGGGACUCCAGCGAUGUCUCGCCUGGCCGACGUCGGCCGGGGCCCAGGGGCCGUUCAGGUUCUCGCAGCGGGUCGGAGAGCGACAGAAGGCGAGGACCAAACCGGACCAGGAGCCAGUCCAGGGGUCGAUCAUCAAGCUCUGAUUCAGAUGAUCACAACAUGAGGAGAAAGAGACAAGAAAUGGAAAACCGCAGAGGGAUCUCUCGAGAGAGGAGAAAGGGAAGAUCUGAUUCCAGUGACAGAAGCAGUGACAGAGAAAGGAAGAGACGAGAGAGUCCAGUCAGAGACAGACAGAAAGGGAACGAAGACAAAGGAAGGCGGAGGAGCAACAGCAGGGACAGAGACAGGGAAAGGAGAGGAGAAAGAGAAAAAAGUCGAGAGCAAAGGAAGAGGAGUGAAGACAGGGAACGAGGGAGGAGUGUGAGAAGCAGAGAGAUGACAGACAAAGACAGAGGGAGGCGGCCCUCCAGCUCACCUGAUUCAUCUGAUAGCUCAGGGUCUGAUUGCGAGGACCGUGCAGCUAAAGAAAAGGAAGGGAAGAAAAAUCAGAGGGAGAUGAUGAAAGCUCUGGAGACACCAGAAGAGAAGAGGGCUAGGAGGCUGGCAAAGAAGGAAGCAAAGGAAAAGAAAAGGAGAGAGAAGAUGGGCUGGAGUGAGGAGUACAUGGGAUAUACCAACGCAGACAAUCCCUUUGGUGACAACAACUUAUUGGGCACAUUUAAAUGGCAAAAGGCGCUGGAUAAGAAAGGUAUCGGCCAUCUUGGUGAAAAAGAGCUUAAAGAACGGAACAAAUGUAUUCAGGAGGAGAACCGCAGAGAGCUGCAGAAGGUGAAACAGCUGCGUCUGGAGAGGGAGAGAGAAAAGGCCAUGAGAGAGACGGAGCUGGAGAUGCUGCAGAGGGAGAAGGAGGCAGAGCAUUUCAAAACAUGGGCGGAGCAGGAGGACAACUUCCAUCUGCAACAGGCCAAAUUACGGUCUAAGAUCAGAAUCCGGGAUGGUCGUGCCAAACCUAUUGACCUUUUGGCAAAGUACAUCAGUGCAGAGGAUGAUGAUCUUGCUGUGGAGAUGCAUGAGCCGUACACCUUUCUCAACGGGCUCACAGUCACUGACAUGGAUGAUCUGCUGGAGGACAUUAAGGUGUACAUGGAGUUGGAGCAAGGCAAGAACGUGGACUUCUGGAGAGACAUGACCACCAUCACAGAGGACGAGAUUAGCAAACUGAGAAAACUGGAGGCCUCUGGGAAAGGACCAGGCGAUCGUCGGGAGGGCAUUAACACAGCUGUGAGCACAGAUGUACAGAUAGUGUUCAAAGGAAAGACAUACAGCCAGCUGCAAGCGCUGCACCUGAACAUUGAGACCAAGAUUGUGGCUGGAGGAUCUAAUCUGGAUAUCGGUUACUGGGAGAGUCUGCUGCAGCAAGUCAGAGUCUACAUGGCCAGAGCAAGGUUGAGAGAGCGACACCAGGAUGUGCUGCGCCAGAAGCUGUUCAAGCUGAAACAAGAACAAGGAGUAGAGAGUGAACCUUUGUUCCCCAUCAUCAAAGAGGAGCAGAGGAGUGAUGAGGAAGAUGAGAGAGAAGAGCAAACAAGGGCAACUGAACACACCGGCCAGUCUUCAUCCCCCUUCACCAGACACAGGAACAGAGGAACUGAAGAGGAUGACGAAGAGGCGGGUCCAUCAACAUCCACAGCAGAAAACCAAGAUGGGGACGAGGGUGAAAAGGAUGACAAGAAGGAUGAGGAGAAAGGGGAGGUGGUGGAGGCCGUGCUGACAGAGGAGGACCUAAUCCAGCAAAGCCAGGCGGAGUACGACUCCGGUCGCUACAGUCCCUCGCUGCUCAUGCAGUCCGAGCUGCCGCUGGACACGCACACCAUCACACCGGAAGAGGACACACACAGACUGCAGUUAGCGCGCAGACAGAUGCAGGUCACAGGUGAUGCCAGCGAGAGCGCUGAAGACGCCUUUGUACGACGUGCCAGAGAAGGCAUGGGCAACGACGAGGCCCAGUUCAGCGUUGAGUUCCCUGUCACGGGUAAAAUGUACCUGUGGGCUGACAAAUACCGUCCCAGGAAGCCCCGCUUCUUUAACAGGGUCCAUACUGGCUUUGAGUGGAACAAAUACAACCAGACACAUUAUGACUUCGACAAUCCACCACCCAAGAUUGUCCAGGGUUACAAGUUCAACAUCUUUUACCCAGACCUGAUCGACAAGCGUUCCACCCCGCAGUACUUCCUCGAGCCCAGUCCAGACAACAAGGACUUUGGGAUUUUGAGGUUUCAUGCAGGUCCUCCUUAUGAAGAUAUUGCUUUUAAGAUAGUAAACAGGGAGUGGGAGUACUCGCAUAGACACGGCUUCCGCUGUCAGUUUGCCAAUGGUAUCUUCCAGCUCUGGUUCCACUUCAAGAGAUACCGCUACAGGAGGUAGAGGUCACAUACUGAACGGCUCAAGAGCCCAGUCACUGGCUUUGAACCAGAAACGUUGUAUUAUACAGACUGUACAGUCACUGUGCUUUGUUUUUUUAGUUUUAGCUACCCUCGCACCAUAAAGCAGUUUCUUAAAGCUAGAAAUCCCUCUGUACUGUUGUCUGGAAAAGUCGACUGUAAUGUUGUCUGAAAAUUACCAAUAAACUAUCUUUUUUUAACUCA